GAGUGGGCUGUGGGUGGUGGUGUUUAAAGGGGGGGGGGGGGGGGGGAUUUACAGACACCUCCAGCUUUCCCUCCCCCCAGCGCGAAUGAUGAGUGACAAAGAAGCGGCUGCUCCGCGCUCCAGGAAACACCGGCUGAUGGCAGCUUUCGAGUCCGGGGAGGAGAGCCCCGGCGCCGGCUCGGCGAACGGCACCGCCCGCUUGCACUGCUUCAUCUGCGGCGGUUGUAUGAGCCCCGGGCGGGAGCAGCGGCUCCAAGUGCGGGCAGGGGGCUGCCGAGGCUCGCCUUAUUUCCCGUUCCUGCUGCAGCAGGAGCCAGCUCCCGGAGCCCGGGGGGUAAGCGCUGAGGGCUGGGUACAGGUCUGCUCCGUCUGCCGCUGCUUCCUGGGCGAGCAGUGGGAAUCCUUCGAGAGGACCCGCACCCCGGUCGACAAGCGCAUGUACUGGCUCAAGAGACCGCACCAGUGCGACAGCCGCACCGUGCCCCAGGAGUGGAACCCCAGCUACGAGCCCGAAGCCUGCAGCGUGGGGCACGGCAGCAAGGAGGCGCUCGACUCCUCUGUCUCCUCCUUGUCUGACCAGGACCUGACUGACCAGGAGCUGGAGACCCCCGCUCCCACUCACCGCCGGGGCUCUUCCCUCGCCCCUUCCCCCCGGGCCGGCCGACCCCUCUCGCCGACCGCCGACCACCGCUCUCCACCGAGCGAGACCCCGGCCCGCCGGGCACCCCCGGGCGCGGGAGACUCCUCCGGGGACGAGUCCCACCCGCCUGGACCCCGGGAGCGAGGGGGCGGGGUGGUCGCCAAGGGUGGGGGCCCGGCCUGCUUCGUGUGUGGUGCCGGCCUGCCCCCGGACGCUGGGCACCAGGUCCACGUCCACAAGCAGGAGGGCGGGCCCUGCCGGAGGCCCUUCUUCCCCUUCCUGUGGCUCCACCGACCCCCGCCCGGGGCUUGCCCCCUGAGCCCCGGGGGCAGCACCCUGGUGUGCACAUUCUGCCACGCAUCGCUCAUGCAGCAGUGGAGGGGCUUUGAGAUGGCCAACGUGCCCGUACUGCAGAGGCUGUACAUGGUGCCCUUGAACACCGGAGUCCUGGGCACGGCACUGACGAGCCCCCCGGGUGAGAGGGAGCCCAGUGGCGGUAGGGAGACCCCAGGCCAGGAGUGCUACCUGUGCGGCCAGGACUGUAGCAGAGACGCCAAGGCUGUGCGUUCGAGGAGCAUCGACAAUGGUGGUGGUGGUGGCAGUGCUCGGGACGGCCCCAUGUACUUUCCGUUCAUUCGCCUCCUGCCCCGUCCCCCGAACGGCCCGGAGAUGAGUGAGUGCGGGGAGGUCCGAUGCUGUGACGAUUGCUAUGCGGUGUUGAAGGACACAUGGGGGGCCUACACCGCUACUGGACGGGAGGAGCUGAUCUCGUCCGCCCAGGCCUUCCUCACGCGGUACCUGCGGAUGAGCGGCGCCGCCGGUGGCCCUCGCCCGAACCCGGCGACCGGGCAGGUGUUCAGGGCGGCCCGGGUCACGGUCUGCCUAUUGUGUGGCGCGGAGCUGGAGCCGGGCCGCGAGUUCCAGUUGAACGUCGACCCCCCUGGCCGCCACAGCCAGCGUGAGCCCUUCUUUCCGUUCCUGGCAAGCCGCCCGCGCACGGCCACCGUCCGGCCUGUAGAUUCGACCAGCCCAGCGUCAGCCUGCGUCCUGUGUUACCAUGACCUCCUAGAGCAGUGGUGGAGGGGGAAGAACACUCAGCAUCCCAGCAGCCCCUGGUCCCGGCAGUACAAAGUGGACACCUUUGUCUGCUUCUUCUGCAGGCAGGAGAGAAAGCGUCACCUCGGCCUGAAAGCCAUCACGGUAAACCGACUCCCUGUCUUCCUACAUACCCCUCGAGUGGCCGAGACUCUCGUGGUGGAUGAUGGUGAGCAGCUGAUAGUUGGGGCGUGUGAGGAUUGCAGGGCUAUGGUACUGGCUGGAGGCACCUUCAAACAAGGAACCCGCACGGAUUCGUUAUCACCACCCAGUCACGUGAAGGACACGUCUUUGCCGCCUCACCUUUCCAGUCUGAACAAGAAGCAGGGCACGUGGAGCUCUCCUCUGGGGAGAGGGGAGCCUUCAGAGGGGAUUAAGCAAGUCAGCCCAGGCGCCAUCUCAACACACUCGCCUCGGCCAACAGUGGAUGUGGGGAGUUGGGACCACAAAACCACAAGCAUGAGCCAUGAGCCAAAGUCACCUUCACUGGGAAUGAUCUCGACCGCGACUCGGACGACAGCCACCGUAAGCCCCCUCAACCCAUCCUCCCUCAAUGGCUCCAUAGUGCCCAAUGGCAGCCCGGCAGCUAACAGCACCUUGUCGGUACCGUCAGCACACUCUGCCAGCUUUGCAGCCGCACUCCGCAAACUCGCCAAACAAGCCGAAGAGCCCAGAGGUUCUUCAAUAAGCAGUGAGUCCUCACCGGUUUCUUCCCCAGCAACCAAUCACAGCUCUCCUGCCAGUACACCCAAAAGAGGCCCAAUUGGACCCAUCCUUGUCCCGACAGCUGGUCACAGCGUUCCCAGUACUCCCCCUGUGGUGACCAUCGCGCCAACCAAAACUGUUAAUGGGCUUUGGCGGAGUGAAAGCAGGCAGCCGGAAGCAGUGUCCAGGGGCCCCAGCAGAGAGCGAAUGCACACAGAAUCACAGCACCAGUCGGAGAAGGGAGCUCCAUCUAUCACAUCUCAUCUCCUGGCCACCCCUUAUGCAUUUGGCCUCACUCAUAGCACAAUGGUCCAGGAGUCCCGAUUCCCUCCUCUCAAUCUGCAGCGACCCAUUCCUCACGUGGUCACACCAGGGGGUGUGCAAGAAGAAUAUCUCCGCAGCUUCAGGCCGUAUCACACUGGCGAGGAGCUCCGCAUGCCUUCACUGCCACCAAUGGGCCUUGAGGCAGCUACUGCUUACUACCACCCCAGCUAUCUCGCACAUCACCCAUUCCCUCACCCGGCCUUUCGAGUGGAUGAUUCAUACUGUCUUUCAGCCCUGAGGUCACCUUUCUACCCGAUUGCAAGCCCUGCCUCCCUGCCUCCCCUUCACCCUUCUGCCAUGCACCUGCACCUACCUGGGAUGAGGUUCCCAGCAGAGCUGUCCCAUUCUUCACUGACUGCCCUACAGUCAGAGCGUUUGUCAGAGAGGCUCCAAAUGGACGAAGAGCUCCGCCGAGAAAGAGAACGGGAGCGAGAGCGGGAAAAAGAGCGGGAGCGGGAAGCAGAGCGCGAGAAGGAGAGAGAGCGUGAGCAGGAGAGGGAGAAGGAGCUGGAAAGAGAGAAGGAGAAGGAACGAGAGAGGGAGCGUGAGCGGGAGAUGGAGCGAGAUCGGGAAAGGAACAGGGAAAAGGAAUUGAAUGCAGCAAAAGCAAUGGAAAACCAUUACUUACACAUGCCAGAACUGCCCAGUCUACGAGGCCAACAGAUAGACGAUAGAGUGAAGGCUACAGAGAGAUUAACACCAAACCGAGCAGAUAAGCCCAAGGAUUUUGCACUGACAUGCCCUAAAGCAGUCCAUCCAAACCUGCACCAGUCUUCCAUGUCACACCAUUCUGUCCCCACCCUCAUCUCCAACCACAACAGUUUUGUCUCCCCUGGAAGUAGCUCGGCCAUGCUGCUGCAGAGGAACAAUGAGGAAGAGAAGUGGAUGGCCAAGCAGCGGCAACUACGGCAAGAGAAGGAGGACCGGCAGUACCAAGUGUCCGAGUUUCGGCAGCAGGUACUUGAGCAGCACUUGGACAUUGGCCGACCAGGCUCACAGAGUGAGGUGGAGCACAGGGACUCUGUCAGAUCUGGACUUGGUCACCAUGAGCUGUGUGGCAGAGAGCAACCCCAGCAGAUAGGAGCUCCGCCCCCACUCAUUUCCCCCAAACCCCAGCAUAAGGAGCACCAUUCCAGCCCAGCUGUCCUGUGGAAUCCAGUGACCCUGAUGGAUAACCACACCGAGUCCCGUAAGAGCCACGAUCACCACAUGCUGAACAACUACGCUGGCCACUACGACACGCACCGGCAGGUGGGUCCGCCAAUCAAGAUAGAGAAGAUCCACAGCCAGGAGGAGAGUGCCAAGAGGCGUGACGGUCCUGAGAAGUAUCAGCCAUCGCGGGGCCCGGGCUCCCUGGAGCAUGCCUCACACUCUCACUCUUAUGGCCCUCCGUUUGCAGAGCUGGAGAAAUCUGCCCAGUCCAUUCUUAACCAGCAGCGAAUGUCCGUGCCCUAUCUCGGGCCGUGCAGUGACAUGAGCUUAUUGCACAAGUCAACAUCCACCUACAGACAGCCCCUGAGCCUCCCACGAGCCCCAGGGCCUAUGUAUGUCUAUGAUGAACUCUUGCAGCGCUACCGAAGGCUGAUAAGCAAGUUGGACCUCGAGGAGAAGAAGCGGAAAGAGGCUAAAGAGAAAGGUUAUUACUAUGACUUUGAUGACUCGUAUGAUGAAAGUGAUGAAGAGGAAGUUCGAGCACAUCUCCGGCGAGUCGCUGAGCAGCCACCUCUGAAACUUGAUGAUUCAUCUGAGAAACUGGAUUUCCUCCGAGUCUUCAGCCUGACCACCCAGGCCCGGAGGGAAGAGCUGCUGAAGCAGAAGCGACGCAAGAGGCGCCGGAUGUUGAUGGAGCGGAGUCCUUCACCACCUCCGGUCUCAAACAAGCGGCAGGCCCCCUCACCGCGGCCCCUACCCACCAACAAGUACAGCGCCGACGAAAUGAACAGCACUCCCGACCUGGCCGAGAAGAAGAGAUUCCUGACGUCUUUCAGCCUCGCUCACAUCAUCCCAGAGAAAAGAAAAGAAAAGGAGACCCUGAUAGAAAUGAUCCAUUCCAUAAAACAGAAGACCCGGCCUUCAGAAGCACCUUUUAAAUACCUCUCCCCUCCAUCGUGUACCAGUUCCAGCUCAUCUCAGACUGCGAGCACAGCCGAGUCUUCUACCGCUGCCGAUUCCGAUAGGCCGCCAAGCGCCACCCCCGCCAUGCCAGAACUCCGGAAGAGCACUGAGCCAGCCCGUGCAGAGCCAGCGAAAGUCUUGGAUGCCACCUCAAGGCCCAAGGAGCUGGGCCCGCAUGCUGACAAACGCAGGCCUAUGGAAGGGCCUGUCGGGAGCCGGACAGUAAGCGUGCUCACGAAUGCCACGGCCGCCCUCCAGAAAGACAGCUGUGGCACUGGGCACAGCCUGAACGAGAAAAGAAAGCCCUGGGAAGUGUUCAUGGCGGAGGACUUUGCCCAGCAGUUUCAUGAGUCCGUGCUGCAAUCCACGCAGCGAGCGUUGCAGAAGCACAAAGGUACCACGGCGACACUAACUGCGGAGCAAAAUCACAAGCUGGAUGCCUCUGUCCGCUACAACAUUCCUGAGAUGCACUCUGCCAGCAGAGCCGAGUUUACGCACCAGAAUGGCCAGCACAGUGCCACCCAGACCAGGAAAGGGAUGGCAUGUGAGCGUGAGGAGGAAACUGACAAUGAAGAUGAGGAGGAGGAGGAGGAGGAGGAAUUGAGACCUUUCCAUUCAAAGUGGCAGGGCAUUGAAGCUGUCUUUGAGGCUUACCAGGAAUAUGUGGAAGAACAAAAUAUUGAGAGGCAGAUUCUACAGGCCCAGUGCAGACGUCUGGAAACCUUUCAUUAUAACCUUAGCCUGACUGCAGAACAGCUUUCCCUCAGUAUGUCGGAGCUACUGGCUCAGAAGCAGAAAGUUGCCUCUGAAAGGGAAAGACUCCAAUCCGAACUGGACCACUUAAGAAAGUGCCUUGCACUCCCAACAAUGCACUGGUCUAGAAGCUAUUCCAAGUCAUACCCAAGGUGACAUCCCUGUUAGCUCGGUCACAGCGUAGAGAAACUAUUUUGUUAUCCUGGUAUUUAAUAUUCCCAUUGGAAUUGAUACUCUAGGCAAGACCUAAGCAUACGUGCCACAUAUGAAGCAAAGGGUCAAAGGAUAAAUGACCUAUUUGAACGAACACUGCAAUGCAACUAUAACAAGACUCCUGGAUCUAUUUUUACAUAAAUUUGCUUAAGGAAACUUUUUUUUUCUAGCCUGUUUGAUCUGAUCAUCAUUAUUCUGUCCCCUUUUUUCUGGUUAAAAGGAAAAGUCAAUUUGCUUUUUAGAGUGCGGGGUUGGGAAGACCUCAUUCUGACCUCCAGAGCCAACACUAACCCAUUCAGUGUACACAUUGACUCCUUUGCUCGAGUGGCUUAUUAUGGCAGCAUGGACAGGAAGCAGUGGCAGUCGGACUUCUCGUGUGGAUGUUUCUUUGCCCGAAAGAAAAGAAGCAGGGGAGCCAAAGUCGCCGGAAGAUGCUGCAAGUGCUGACCCCAUGAGAUUGACGGACCUUGCUGUCCGCCUCCGUUCACUGGAUUCCCCAUCCAUCAAUCUGCCAAAAUCCUUGGAAAUCUCUUCCUGUUCCCACAUUCCCAGACCUGCUCGCACUCCCACCCACAAGUAAAAAGCAUCCGAAAUACUGGCUCCUCUUCACAACCCUUGUACUGCAACUGAACCAGGCCACAACAGGACAGUUCAAGACUCGUUCGGAUAAUAAGGCUUUUUUUUAUUUAAAAAAAACAAAAAAUGCACUUAAGGCGAUUGAAGGUACCUUUAAACCAGAUUUAACUUUUAAAUCACAAGAGAUGCAUGUUACGGAGCUGAGUGUGUGCAUUAAAAAAAGUAGCAAGACGGGAGCCUGAAGGGCAGGGGUUUUUUUAAUUAAAAAAGUAAAUAAAAAGGAUUUUUCACACAAGAGGUGCUUUGCCUUGUACUGUAUAUAAAUGAAAACAGAUUUUGUAUGUUUUUAUUACUUUAAUUAUUGUUAUUAAAGCUUGCCAUUUUUAAUAUGUUUCUGCUUUGGCAAAUAUCUUGCUUUUAGUGUUCGUACUGCUGCUGGUCAGGACAAAAAAAAAUUUAAAUGUUUUUAAAAGUAAAUCUGAAAAAGAAAGCGAGCGAGCUGGUUUUCACUGGUGCAUGCGCUGUCACUCUAGUUUUCAUGUGGCACCAGUUUUAAGAUUUCUGUACAGGAGGAUUCAAGGCCUCUACACCCUGCACCCCUCCCCCCAGCCCCCAUUCUGCCUCCCCACCCCAUUCCUCCCCUUUCCUUGCUCCCUGUUAUUUAUAUGUGCUCGGGACAGGCGAGCACUCCAGGUGAUGUGUGGCUGUAUCAGCUGCUUUAACUUUCCUUCUGUUGUACUGUAAUAUUUCGUACCUAAUUUGCACUCGCCUAUAAUGGGCACUCAAUCUGUUUCAUGUCAAAAAAGAUUCCCUUUAUGCUUGGAGAGUUAGCACUCAUUAAAAUUGGAAGACGUACAUGGCUUGGAAAAUUUCCCCUUUCAAGGCGCACUUGUGAAAAAGCCGAUUUGGAUCUCCCUGUCUAAUGGUGCAUUUUUGUAUAUUGGAAAGAACUUUCUAACUUUCCUCUCUUUUCGCAUCCAUAGAGCACUGUCACUGAUGGCAGAGUGGACUGAGGGAUUAUCCACAUUUGAUAGUUGAUGAAUGAGUGUUAUAUCAGGUAUUGAAAGGGUUAAAUAUGCAUUUUCUGGUUUCCUCCACCACCUGCCCAGCUGUUCUAUUAGGCCUGUACGAGUUUAGAAUGGUACUGAGUUGGGAGAAUGGUGUACUGUGGGAUAGCACAGGAUAAUGUGACUCAUUGUAACUGUAAUCUCCAAACUCCCCCCUUGGUGCAAGGUCAGGGUGGACUACAGCCGUGACAGUCCAUCAGAAAUCCUCUCUGGGAAUUCAUAAAACAGAAACAUUAGUUACGACACCCUGAGGAGGGAGGAGAACAAAUACAUUUCUAUGCCCAUUAGUAUUCUGUGAUGCAUCUUUCUUAAUCCUUCUCCCAUGCAAGAUAUAAACAGCUCUUUUUAACCAAGGGUGUUAUAUUCCUAAACCAUGAACUUUUCUUCCUGUAUGCGCAGAUAAAAUUAAAAGGAUGGAAAAUGUCAACAUUUUUUGCUAUUCAUUCAAAACCUGUAACACUGCAAGUGAGACGUCUUUUCUUUGCAGAUUCCAGACUUUAGUCCCAUUGUAAGUGAAGCAUUCAGCAGUAUUUCUUGCAGGUCAGUUUCUUUAAAGCAAUAUGCAUUAGAAGUCUUGACUUAUGGAUGUCCCUGCUCCUUGUGUGAGGGCAAAUGCAUUCUCCCACUUCUCAUCCAGAAUUGUUACUCCACUUUUUUUUUAAAAAAAAAUUCUGUUCCACCAAGUGCAGAGUUUCAGAAUAAGCAUUUUUUGUUUUUGAAAAAGAAAUAAUGGGAAUGUUUACCCCACUACUAAGCUAUUGUUUGACUUAUCCAACAAAAUUUCAACCCAUUUUUUAAAAAAAAAUGGUUAUUUGGUAUUUUGCGUUUCCCUACCCUCACAUGUAGACAGCAUAUAAAGGGGGAGGAGGAGAAAACUGAUAGUAAAACUUUUCAUCCACAACAGCACCCCCCACUCCUUUUUUACAGCAGUUGCUGUACCUUGAUUAAUGGAGUGCAGCCAGCAAUCCAUUGGGUGAACUGUGCUUUUCUUUAGUAAGUAUGAGUCACCAAGAGGUUAAAGAAGACAAGAUUUAUUUGCGGGGAGACUUUAGCGGCAUUUCAUUUGAGUGUUGAGUGCAAGGUUAAUUGUGCAUGGGAGUGCCACUGCCAAUCACUUAGAGGCUCAGUCAGACUGCACCUCUUCCUGAAUGGGUUUUGUGCCAUACAUUGCUCCUAUUGUGAACCAUGGUGUACUUACAGGCAAAGCCAACCCUCCACUGCAAACAGUUCAAGCUUUCAAUGAUUUUCUGUGUUGGAGAGACAAGCUGUCACUAGGUUCUCUUUUGUUCAUUGGGUGUUACCCACCUGAAAAGACCAAGCGCAUCCAGUUCACCAUGUAGCGCAGUUGCGAUGGGACCUGCUCAAUGUGAUACAGAGCCUUCCGCGUUAGAAAGGUUAUGCAGAUUGUCACAAAACUUCAGACUAGACCAUGUUGUCCUGACCGGGGGCAAAUCAGCCUGGGUUCCUGCCCCUGCUCACUUUCACAUUAGACUCCAUCUGUGCAUGGGUGUUGGGCAAAGAUAUUUAAAAGCAUAGAAUCCGAGCCCCCUCACUGUAAAAUCUCCUGUGAUUUGCACUGCCACACGGGAAGAGAAACUUGAGUUGAAGUACUGGAUGGUGGCUGGUAACCCAUGGGAUCAUACCCUAGCAAACUAGCAAUCCAUUCUUGCUGUUUAUCAACUUGAAGUCUAGUUGGUCCUAAUAUUCUGCACUACUGCAGGUAAUUCAUUCUUCUUCUAAUGACUAACAGAUAUGAUGGGGUGGGAGCAGGGGCUGAAAGCAGGAAUUAUAUGAUGAAUAGAAAGGGUUUCCUUAUGUGCUUUAUACUGUAUUUAUACUGUAUAACAAAGAUAUGUGCUUACCCACAUGCUCCAUCUACGAGAUUGGCUACAACAAAUCCCAUUUUCUCCAGACUCAGUCCCAGGUACACUAUUUAUUCAGUGACUGAGAUAGAUGCUGUCUUAUCCUCUGUGUCUUCAGUCAGUUUUCUUGCUGACUAGGGCUUUGUUAAUGACAUUACAAUUGAGCUGUCCAGAAAAUGAAGUAUAACUGAUAAUCCAUAACCUGGUUUCUCUCUUAUGAUUUACCAUCAGCCAUUUACCUUGGCUGCCAAAGUAUUAAUACACCAACAUACAGAAACUGCCAUCAUUGUCAGUUUAGUUCAACUCUGAUAGGAUACGUGCUUAAUAUAAGUCAUUGCAUGACAAACAAUGUCACACUGGUAAAUUUUUAACAUGGCAUAAGGUGUAUGAUUAUGAUGCACAAUACAGCUUCAUUCUAAUACUUGAAGACGCCACCAAUAACGUAUUGCUUGCUGUGUCUUUCAGCCUGCAUUUACUUAACUGGUAUGUUGGACUAGGUACUACCCAUUGGGUAUUCAGUUUGAUAGCUGAGUGCUGCAAAGCUUGGCUUUCUACCAAGUGUCUUCUGACCUGACUGGAAUUUCCAAUGAUUUUCUUCCAAAUGACACUAUCUUGACCAAUCCAUGUUUAACUUGGAAAACUGUAACCCUUAUCAUCUUUGCCAUUGUUUUCCAAACCAUUGAACAAUAAGAAACUGCUCAGUACUGCAUUUGAACCCAAUGAAUGAACACAGUGUCCAAAAGGCUUUCAAACUCAUACCAAAUACAACUAAAUCAAAUUCGGAAUUUACUUUGUCUCCCAAAGACUGAUUUUAUUUUCAAGAAAAUUGUGCACAUCUCUCCAAUUAGGAAAUGCGGAAGUCAGUAUUUGAAAUAUGUAGCUGCUAUUGAUAACCAAACUCUGUACAGGCACUCAUUUGGGAAGGUUAACAUAUUUCCCACUAGCAGCAUCCUUGAUGAUAAAGCAUACUUGGCUAGGGAACACAAUGGAUUUUUACAUUCAACCAGUUGGCACAUAAGCGUGCUGGUGUCUUUUUUUGUAUAGCUACUGUUCAAGCUCUUCAGUUUAUUUGGACUUUUGAAUUGAAACGCAACACUGUGACCUGGCAACUGAAUCCUUAUACUACAACAGUUAUAAAAAUACAGGCUGAGAACUGAUACAACUUGCCUGUUUAAAGUGAAGAAACUCAAGGAUCUGUUAAUUCUUUGCAAAUUUGACUUCUGAUGGAAAAGCAUCUUUGUGUUGGUGUUUUGCAAGACUCUCAAAUUUUUGUCCAGUAUUAUUGAGAAUGUGAUGCCAUCUACUUUUGAUGAGAUUACACAGAUGCCAUCUCUAUUGGAACUGGCCUUGGUUGUACACCUACUUGCAGGAGUGUGCAUUUGAUGAGGGAAUCUAGUCAAAUAACAACUCCAUUCCCAUCUCAUUGUGAGAAGCUCAAGGACAGAGAGGCAAUUACCUGUGAGAUCAAGAUGAGGUCAAUGUGACUGUUAAUCCAAAGAAGAAUAGCAGUGUUUCUUAGGAGCUUAAAUCAAAAAGCAGGCAGUUCUAGAUGAUACUUUAAUUCUAUUUGUCUUGAGUGCCACCAUAGAGCCUUGUUGAGACAACUUGUGAUUUUUAUUCUGAGAACUAGUACAGAACUUACUGAAGUGCCCUAUAAAAACUAAUGCCAAUGGCAGCAGGUGGAUACCCCUUCACACUUGGACUGAUGAAGCAAUGCUUUGUCGGACAGCACUAUAUUCCCCCCGCCCCACCACAACCUCUUUAUGUAGGUCACGAGUGGCCAUGAUGAACACCAAAGGAUAGCGGAAAUGCCUGUUUCCGGGCAAUGAGAAAUCACCUGCUGCAGCAAAUCAUUUACCGUCCUAUCUUCAGCUACAAACCUUACGAACUGGGUGCUUAAGUGCAACAGAAUUGACAAACAAUAGUGCAUACCUUUUAGCCAUGAUUCCCACUUUGCAGUCAACAGGUCUGUUGCUAAUAACCCACUUCUCUAUGUCAUACACCUGCUUUUCACAAGCAGAGCUGCCUUUGUAGGUCAUUGCAACUAUAAAUCUGCCACCGGAUAGGUUGGACUAUAGCUCUGCACUUCUAUUACAGCCUGUGCACAUUCAGUGUAUCAUUUUCUUUUGAGGGUGGAAGGUGAGACCUCCAUUAUAAUGGGGGGUUUGGGUGGGGUGGGUUGAUGCUGU